AUGUAUUCGCUUUCAGUGGCUGAGGGCAGGGAGUCACCGGUGUCCACAGUCGCCCAUGCAGACAGCGACCAAGGGGAGGAGGAACAGGGCUCGCGCAACUCGCUGUUAAGCACUGUAGACCAGAGUCGGCGUCACCGGACGGCGUUCACACGAGAGCAGCUGUCCCGCCUUGAGCAAGAAUACUGCAAAGAGAGCUACGUUUCCCGGCCUAGGAGAUGCGAACUAGCAGCAGCACUCAAUUUACCCGAGACUACUAUUAAGGUUUGGUUCCAGAACAGACGCAUGAAGGAUAAAAGGCAACGUCACAGCCUGAACUGGCCACACCCACUGGACCCGAACCUGUGUGCCCUCAUGGUGACCCAAGCUUCAGCGGGACUCCCCUACCCUGUUCUGCCUCAUAUACCACUGCAUCUCUACUCUCACCUUGGCAUGGGUGUCUCUGCCCUCCCUAGUCCAUUCAGCGCACCCCUAAGGCCAAUGGACCCUCUGCGGCUGUCUCCUUCCCCUUACCAGCGGUUGGGUGGACUGCCUCCUCCAGCCCUAUACUCUCCAGCCCAUUCGGUGCACCACUCUGUGGCUUGUCCCUGCCGUCACUGCCUCCACUGGGGGACAGACCCGCUCCUCAAGGCCAGAGCGGAGGCCGGCCUCAAUCUGAAUCAGACCCAUACCCCUAAACCAUCGCUGCUACCACUGGAUCGCAGAGAAGAAGUGCCUUUGCCCAGAUGA